AUGCUUACACUACUAAACGACGACACGUACAAAGUUGUCCCUAGAGACCCGACAUCAAAAUUCCAAACUCACAACAACAACAUCAUCAAGCGUCUUUUAGACCUCCAUCUAAUUGAUGCGCCAACCUAUAGGAAGUUAAAAACAACCACAUCCAUCUGCCCAAGGAUAUACGGUCAACCUAAGGCACACAAGCCGGACCUACCUUUACGACCAGUCGUUCCUAACAUGACCUCACCCACAUACCAUCUAUCAAAGUACAUAGCAUCAAUACUCAAACAAUCUUCAAGGGGACAGUUCAACAUAACCGACAGCUUCGAUUUUGUAAAUUAUAUCAACAGAGUUACACUUCCACAAGGAUACGUGCUGGUAUCUUUUGACGUGGUCUCCCUCUUCACGAACAUACCCAAGGACCUCGUCAUCCGUGAUAUAAUCACAAACUGGGAUGAUAUCCAACAAGCCACGAACAUAUGCUUGGACUUACUGUUGGAAAUGGUAGAAUUCUGUUUGGACACAUCCUAUUUCUGUUUCCGGAACAAAUUCUACAUUCAGACAUUCGGUACAGCCAUGGGCAGUCCACUGUCUCCAAUUCUAGCUGAUAUAGUUAUGGAUAGCCUCCUACACACGGUGAAUCAACUAGUACCGUAUCCCAUGCCGGUACUUAAAAAAUAUGUUGACGAUUUAAUACUCGCACUACCAGAAGAUAAAAUCCAUGAAGUCCUGGAUAUCUUCAAUGGCUACAACCCACAUCUCCAGUUCACCGUAGAAAAAGAAUCCAACAACAAGCUUCCGUUUCUAGACACGCUCAUUACCCGACACGAAGACCAGACUCUCAGCACCAGCUGGUAUUCCAAGCCCAUCGCAUCUGGACGACUGAUGAAUUUCCACUCUUUCCAUCCAACUACAAUGAAGAUAAACAUAGCAUCAAACUACAUAGACCGAGUAAUAAGACUGACAACGAAUACAAACUGGAACAUCCUAAAGCAGAUCAUAUUUCAAAAUCUUCGCCAAAACAACUAUCCUGCAGCAUUAAUCAACAGAAUCCUAUGUCACAUCAACACCCAGGACAAUAACCAAACCUACGACCAAUCACCCAUCACAACCCAACUAUCUUCAUCUGUUUCGCAACCAUCAUCAUGCCAUCAACAUAGCUCAACCACAUCACCACAACAUCAAAUGGAUCCGAACAGCAUCAAUUCAGCAACAGCUAACAUGACUUCCGCUCCAAACUCCAUCAGCAUCCAAAAUCCACAUCUGCCAACACAAACCGCCUACAAAUCGAUUCCGUUCAUCCCCCAGCUGACCACCAACAUCGCACACUGCCUUAAAAUUGACUAUCCACAGACCGAGCUAGUUUCGUCACAGGCGUACAAGUGCUCCGUUCCCGAAAAAAAGCACAAUUGGAAUCAACAGCGCAGAAAGACGUGGUUCUUUCCUGUUUAUAUGAAUCCAUUCCGGAACGUGAUAAAACUGAGCGAAGGAAGCUAA